AUUGCACCAUAUUCUAUUUAUAACUUUAAUACCCGCAAAUAUCAUCCGGUCAACGGUCGUUGCGUAGAUUGGUAUUUCGUCCGCCUACUAAACAAUUUAUUAAUGAGAUCGGAUUUCUUCUGGCAUUUUCGUUGGAUUUUCACAGUGUUGUUUACAAAAACUUGCAUCUUUUUAAAUGAAUAUCGGAUCGCAUUUAUGGAGUAUUAUGAAAGACGAUGGGGUGAGGAUGAGUGUUAACAAUAAUAUAGAUAUGAAUCCAACGAGUACACGUUACUUAGCGGCAGAUUACUUGACGUAUAGGCUCGGAAAACAUGGCCAUACAUGGGCCAACAGCCCACCCCUUGAAGUCACAAAUAAAAUUCACUUAGCUAUGAGAAAGUUAGCAGAUGACUUUGAAGAAAGAUAUACAGCAGAAUUUAGUGAUAUGGUACAACAGUUACACAUAACGCCGAACAUGGCAUAUGCUACAUUUAAGGCAGUUGCACAGGAAUUAUUUAUAGAUGGUAUUAAUUGGGGCCGAAUAGUGGCAUUGUUUGUAUUUGGCGGGUCCAUUGCAAUUGAAUGUUAUGAAAAAGACAUGGUGCAUUUAGUAGACUCAAUAUAUGACUGGGUAUCAACAUAUGUGCAAACUAAUUUAGAACAGUGGAUAUCAUCGCAAGGUGGUUGGAAUGGGUUAGCAGAAUUUUACGAGAAAUCCCCGGAUAAAAAUGACCAAUCAUUGUGGCCGUCAUUUGGAAGAAUAUGUCUUGGUGCUGCUGGAAUUCUGGCAUUGGGAGCUCUUCUUACGCAAAAGUCAUAACAGCCUGUCUAGAGGUAUGCGUUAUUCAUAAACAGUGUACUUACCUACCAUAUUGAUUAUUAGAAGUGAAGAAUACCACCAGUAUUGAAAAGUACAGACAUCAGAGUUGAUUUGGAUGUUUCCAGAAUUGGACACAGAACAACAGAAAUCAACAGAGUCUUAGAAUUCUUGCAAGAAAUGAACUUAAAUUAUAACUUACAGUAUGUUAAAGGUACUAAAUGAAUACAACUUCAUGUACAGGUCUAAAUUUAAGUGACGACAGAAAGUAGCAAAACAAUUUUAGACGUUUGCCUUGAAAUGCUUAAGGGUCUCCACAUGUUGUUGUUUUUUAGCUCACCUGUCACAAAGUGACAAGGUGAGCUUUUGUGAUCGCGCGGU